CUCAUGUUCUUGCCAUUAUCAUCACUAUUAACGUCAAGACAGCCAUGAGUUCGAUCAUCCGAGUGGCUGCUUGCCACGCCUCUCCCAUUUUUCUCUCAGCAAGAGACACGACAAAUAAAGCAAUUUCUCUGAUCAAGCAAGCCGCUAGUAACAAGGCAAAUGUCGUUGUGUUUCCCGAAACCUUCAUCCCAGCAUUCCCCGUCUGGAGCUCUCUACGAUCGCCACCUGAGAACCAUGAUCUCUUCAAGCGCAUGGCAUUGGAGUCUGUGCUUGCCGAUGGCGAGGAAAUUCAGGCCAUCCGAUCAGCCGCAACUGAGGCAAACAUUACCGUCAGCAUCGGCAUCUCUGAAAAAGUUCGAACCAGCAGCGCGACUCUGUAUAACUCCAACCUGAUCAUUGGCGAAUGUGGUGAUAUUCUGGUGCAUCAUCGCAAACUUAUGCCGACCUUCUUUGAGAAGCUUACUUGGGCACCUGGCGAUGGGUUUGGACUACGAGUCGCCGAGACAGCAUUCGGCAAGAUCGGAAACCUGAUAUGCGGCGAGAAUACCAACCCCCUCGCGAGGUAUACCCUUAUGGCCCAAGGCGAGCAAGUUCACAUUUCAACAUGGCCGGCGAUAUGGCCUACUCGCCUUCCAGGGAAAACACGAGCUGUCGACGAUCAACAAGAACAAUCCACCCUGCGAGGGUCAAGCUCGUCGCGUCAGGCCAACUAUGACAACAUCGCCGCCAACAGAACCAGAGCGGCGGCGCACAGCUUUGAAGCCAAAUGCUUUGGCGUUCUAUGCUCGGGAUAUCUCAAUUCCGACGCUGUGGACACCCUUGUAUCGGGUGCUCUGAACCCAGAUGUUGUAUCAGAAGCUCUCCAACAAGCACAACAGGGUGCCACCAUGUUUUUGGACCCUACUGGCGCUCUAUUGCAAGGUUUCACGGUUGAUCCAAACACGCAAAAAGAGGAAGGUCGAGAUUAUUUGCAGACUGAAGAAGGAAUCCUGUAUGCUGAUAUGGACUUGCAUGACUGCAUCGAAGGAAAACAAUAUCAUGACGUCGUGGGAGGCUAUCAAAGGUUUGAUGUCUUUGAUCUGACUGUUGACAGAUCACGUCGUAACCCUGUGAGGUUCACGAAAGAGGAUACGCAGCAGGAUAAUUAG